AUGGCGUUCACCUUCUCCUUCCCAACGGCCACCACCGCCGCCUCCACCGAGGAGGACUUUCUCUUCCACACGUCCCUGAUCCCCAUCUCGCCCACUGCGCCCCACCGCUCAGUGCCCUGCCCGCCCAAGCAGCCCGCCAGGAAGAACGGCCGCCACAUCCCCAUGAAGGAGCCCUCCCAGUGCGGCCUCUUUACCGUCUCGGAAAUCCCAGAGGUCCCCGACGAGCUCUCGUACGACCGCGACAUGUCUUGCGACGAGUCCAUGACUGACGCCGACCUCUCCAUCCUCCAAACUCCCAGUCUCAGCCCCGAGCCCCGCGACGCCCAACGUCGAUUCUCUUGGUCGAGCGACGGGUCUGAAGAGAGGCAGAUCGUCACGCCCCACCUCGGUAUGGAGGGCGAAGACCCGUUUGCUUCCUGGUCUACUAUUCCUCUCGAGGACAAGGUAGACGACGACUUUGAGAUGGUCGAUGCUCCCAGCCAGCCGAGCUUUACACCUUUUGCCAAGGGCAUCUCUCGUGCCCGUCGAGCGCCGCCUCCUCUCACCUUGACCACCCGCUUCAGCCUGCCUCCCUCGACUGCUGCCACCCCUACCCUCUCUGGGUUCCCCGGAAGCGCCACGAGCACCGUCGCCGACGUCGAGCUCCUCACGCCUCUCAGCUCGGUAUCGACCACCAGCAGUCUCAUGCCUGCCCUCCCCAUCGUCCCUGCCGAGCAGUGGACCACCCAGCGCGUACACUCUACCUUCCAAACGCCCACCACACCGACCUUUCCAAGCCUCGGUCGCAGCACUCGGAAGUGCCAGUCCCCGACUGCCACCGUCGACUUUGCCUUCGCAUUCGAAGAGCUCCUCACCUCAUGCGGCGAAGCCGUCACCACCUGCUCUCUCACUUCGCCCGUCUCUGACAGUGACGACUCCGAGUCCCUCUCCCUCCGUAUUCCUCCUGCGCGCGACAUCAACACCCCCGAGAAGAAGACCAAGCGCAGCGCUGCGCCGUAUGCGCCUCGCAAGCCUUCUCGAGCCCACCCCCACUCGCAGCUGCCCAAGCGCCGCGAGGCUGCCGAGCUUUCGUCCAGUCCGCUGGAAGGCGACCAUUCUUUCCUCACUUGCCUUGCGAGGAGCCAGACGCCCGAUAGUGGGAGGUCGGUCAGGAGCGCGAGGAGCGGGAGCAGCGUGGGCAGUGCGGGGUCGGAAAAGCUGCCUGGGAGGAAGAGUCUCCCGAUGGAGUGGAGGUAUGGGCAGAUGAUCUAG